AUGAUGUCCCAGUCUCUCCGGGCCUCGCGCUCCCUCUUCACCCGUGCCUCUCGGCAACAGGUCCCCGUCGCUCGCACCUUCCUGACCUCUGCUGUCCGUCGCGCCGACCCUGUCCAGGACCUCUACCUCCGCGAGCUGAAGGCCUACAAGCCCACCCCCAUCAAGGCCGGCGACGCCGACGCCCACGUCCAGAAGUUUGCUCUCCCCAAGGCUCCCGCUUCCCCUGAAGAGGCCAACCUCGCUGGUGAGCUCUCCGCCUACGAGAGCCAGGAGGUCGAGGUCGAGGGUCAGGCCGCCGCUGGCGAGGCCGCCCCCGUCGAGGAGUCCUGGUUCGAGGAGGACCCCGAGGAGGAGGCUGCUGCCCACUAG